CCCGCCUGUCUGUCCGUCCCGGGAUUGUGCGCUGGGGGCCAGCUUGGCCGCUGGGCUGCGUCUGUCCUCCCGGAGAAAAGUCCCUCGGGGCUCCGACUGAGUCCCACCUGCUGGGGACGGCGUUGGGGCGCAGAUAGAGCAGAUAAACUAAGAACAGCUCUGUCUUGUCUGCCUUUCUGUUGGAGCUGAGAUCCGGUUUCCAGCUCUGCCUUUUUCCGAAUUGGAAGGCGUGUGUCACCUGCCUGUGUUUUCUAAAAAGUCAGACUGGAUGAAGGUCCACUUUUGCGCGUUUUUGGUCAUUGUAGACUGGGUUGACAAAGAGGAUGGUAGUUUUGAAAUUGAACAGAGGGGUGGCAAUCUAAGCGGUUACUUGUCAGGAUUGAUAGAUUUGCGAUGUGACACUUGAAUUUUUAAAUCACUUCCUGUUAUCACCAAUCAGUGUAUGUUUUCAAUUAUUAGGUUUUGGGAAAUGGGCAAAAGCAGUUAAGAUUUUGACAUGAUUGAUUUCUAAAACAGGGAGAGCGGGUCUUUUAGCUGCAGAAUUUAAGAUGUUCUCCGAGGCUUUCAGGUUGUAAAAUAUGUGAUUCUCAAGUUGUUGGGAAGUUGAAAAUAAGUUCCUGUCUUUUUGUCGCUCGAGGUGUAAGUUUGCUCUAUUGUAUUCCUGGCACCUAACAGGAUUUAAAUUGGUGUGUUUUCAAUUCUGUAACUUCAUGCUACUAUAUAGUUAAUGCAUGAUUGUUGUAUAAAGUGUAUAUUCCUGGGGAAGAGAAGUAUUUACUCUUUUUUUUGCAUGUCAUUUCAUCCUAUGGGAUUUUGUAAAGUCACAGAAUAGUUCAAGCUGUUUAAUGUAAAAGCAGAUGUAAAGUAGGCACCAAGAAUUUCUAGGCUGUAUCUAUUGAAGUUCCAGGCAAAAAUGACCAUGAUAAGUUGAAACCUAUUUCACGAUUUGAAAAGGUAUUCAGCUUUUGAAAAUGUCAGUGUGAAUGCUAUGUUCCAAGAGUACUUUCCUGCAGUUUUCACAGGGAACCUGAACCUUGCAGAUUUUUUGCUUAUACAAGUAAGGAAUCGUUAACUCAUGUGAUUGAAGCAAAGAUCAGUUUGGUGUCACUACACUUCGCAGGAUUCAAGAACAGUGGGUACCUAGCUGUAAUUUUUACUUUUGGGUGCAGGCGUGGCUCAGACGGCUGUCCUGAUACGCUCCAUUUUCAAAGUCUGUUUCUCCAGGGGACUGAAGAGUUAAGCUGGGUGGGUGGAGAGUGGGUAGUAUUCUGGAGUGUAACCCGUCUCCUUCCUCUUGGUUUCCGCAGGAAUUCAGAUGUGUUCUAAGCCUGCUGGAGUGACUACACUUCCCAGACCUGAUGGAGGCCAGAGCUCAGAGUGGCAGCGGGUCGCAGCCGUUGCUGCAGGCACCCCGUGACAGUGGCCGGCAGCGUGGGGAGCCCGACCCCAGGGACACCCUCCCCCAGCAGGUACACGUGCUGUCUCUGGAUCAGAUCAGGGCCAUCCGGAACACGAAUGAGUACACGGAGGGGCCCACCGUGCUCCCCAGAGCUGGGCUCAAGCCUGCUCCUCGCCCCACAGCCCAGCACAAACACGAAAGACUCCACGGGCUGCCCGAGCCCCGGCAGCCCGCCCGGCCCCAGCACCCGCCGGCGCACCCUUCGGCCAGGGCCCCUCUGGCCCGGUCCAUCAGCACAGUCAGCUCGGGCUCUCGCAGCAGCGCGAGGACCAGUACUAGCAGCAACUCCUCCGAACAGAGGCUCCUAGGGUCCUCCUUCUCCUCGGGGCCUCUGGCAGACAGGAUCAUCCGAGUGCAGCCCAAGUCGGAGCUCAAGCCCGGUGAGCUGAAGCCGCCGAGCAAGGAAGACGUAGGGCUGCACGCCUACAAGUGUGAGGACUGCGGCAAGUGCAAGUGCAAGGAGUGCACCUACCCGAGGCCCCUGCCGUCAGACUGGAUCUGCGACAAGCAGUGCCUCUGCUCGGCCCAGAACGUGAUCGACUACGGCACCUGCGUGUGCUGUGUGAAGGGUCUCUUCUAUCACUGUUCCAGCGACGACGAGGACAACUGUGCAGACAACCCGUGCUCUUGCAGCCAGUCUCACUGUUGUACACGUUGGUCAGCCAUGGGCGUCAUGUCCCUCUUUCUGCCUUGCUUAUGGUGUUACCUGCCAGCCAAGGGUUGCCUUAAAUUGUGCCAGGGGUGUUAUGACCGGGUGAACAGGCCCGGAUGCCGUUGUAAAAAUUCAAACACAGUUUGCUGCAAAGUUCCCGCUGUCCCCCCCAGGAACUUUGAAAAACCAACAUAGCAUCAUGAAUCAGGAAGAUUGCAGUCAUAAGGAUUGUUUCCCUCCGCCCUUCCUUUUUUUUUUUUUUUAAUACACACAUAUGCAACCAACUAAACAGCUAGAAUCUUGGCACUGUUGAUAGAGGGUUGGGAUAUCCUGUGCUGUUUGCAGUGAAAUGCUUUUUUCAUCCAUGUGCCAUUUUAAUUGAUAUGCUUGUUAGAACUCAGCUAGUGGAGCUCAGAGUAUGGGAUACAGACCUUGGUGACCUACAUGUUGCAUAAGCUAAAGCAAUAGACACUCUAGGCGAAGUUUUUGUUUGUGAAUAGUACUUGCAAAAUUUGUAAAUUAGCAGAUGACUUCCCCCUCCCCUCCCCCACCCCAGUUGUUUUCUCCAGAGAUAUUGUGCUAUAUUUUUGUAUAUACAAUAAUAUUUGCAACUGUGAAAAACAAGUUGUGCCGUACUAUACGGCACAUUCACAAAAUAUUAUACUAAUAUGUUGUACAUUCGGAAGAAUGUGAAUCAAUCAGUAUGUUUUUAGAUUGUAUUUUGCCUUACAGAAAGCCUUUAUUGUUAAGACUCUGAUUUCCCUUUGGACUUCAUGUAUAUUGUACAGUUACAGUAAAAUUCAACCUUUAUUUUCUAAUUUUUUUCAACAUAUUGUUUAGUGUAAAGAAUAUUUAUUUGAAGUUUUAUUAUUUUAUAAAGAAGAAUAUUUAUUUUAAGAGGCAUCUUACAGAUUUUGCCCCUUUUAUGAGGAUGUGAUAGUUGCUGCCAAUGAGGGGUUACAGAUGCAUAUGUUCAAUAUAAAAUAGAAAAUAUAUUAACGUUUGAAAUUAAA